UUCAAGCUGAAGGAUUUCCUCCACAACAAUGAGACCCUGUCCACAUUCCUUCUGCGAAACGCCUCCUUCUCGGAACACGCCGUGCACCAGAUCAUUGAGGCCGAUGUGAACUUGGAAAAGGUAAGAGGAAAAAUACCACCUUCCCAAAAUUCUAUGACAUUCACAUUUUAGUAGAUGCACUUAUUCAGAGCAACUUACAGGAGCAAUUAGGGUUAAGUACCUUUCUCAACAGAUUUUUCACCUCUUCGGCUCUGGGAUUCGAACCAGCAUCCUUUAUGUUACUGGCCUAACACUCUUAACCACUAGGCUACCCGCCACCCCUUGAGGAAUAUUAUGAGGCAUUUUACUAUGAUCAGUUCACUCCAUCCUGGACACCUUCAAAGGCAGUGUAGUAGUUGUUCAACAUUCCCAUGGCCCAUUGUUUCCCUCCUCCGAGCAGAUUAGGUCCCAGGUUGUCCAUUUGUUGCAGGUAGCAGCAGAUACUGAGCAGGUCAGUAGUGUUUCUUGGUUACAUUUGAUGGACCUGUGAGUUAAUUAAGUCUGUGGCUCUUUAUGUCAGUGACAUAAACUUCUAGAGAGAGAGAGCAGAGACAGGGGGACAUUUAUAAAGGUGACAGUCUGUUGUUUGAAUGAAAGUCAUGUAAUGAAGCAGGGACACCCCUCUGUACUGUAACCUGGAGAAUGUUCACUACUAGACAUCCUCCUCAACUCUGUCUUUGCUCUCGCCUCAAAAACAUGAAGAUAUAUUUGUUUUCUUUCACAGUUUUAAAAGCUGCCAUCUGGUGUUUCCUAUAUUCAUUUUCUCCCCAUUUGAGAUAUUUUAAAGGCUCAAGAUCAGCUGUUAUGGUUUCCCGCAGUAGGCCUAUGUGGAAAUACUCUCAACCAGGGUUUCUCCUUUAGCAUAAUGGAUUACUACAAUUUGAUACUGAUACUGCCCUCACAUUUCAUACAAUCCAGCUGUAACAUACAGCAAUGGUAAUAUAGAUACGUAAGUAAUUCAGAUCAGCUCAUUUCUCUGCUCCGUGGGAUCCACCCGCGAGAUAACAUGCAAGUGCAAAGUCACAUGGCCUCAUCCAUGUGUCUUAGCUCAGUAUUUCUCAACUCUGUUCUUUCAGUACUCCCAAGAUGACAUGUUUCACCGAAAUACUGUCUUCUGCCUGUCCUUGGUCAUUGCUACAUUACACACUGACCCUUCUCCAUCUCCAGGUGCUGGUCAAAGGCUUCGGUGUCCGUCUGAGGGACUUGUGCAGCAGCAACAGCAACGGCAUCAGUGUGGAGGACUUUGUGACCAUCACAGACAGCGAGGUGUCCAGUCUGGUCCAGAAGGUCCUUUGCAGGUCCCCAGGCUCCUGGCUGAACCAGGCAGAAAGCCACUUCUUCCACAACCUGGACUUCCUCAAACCCAUACGGGUAAGCACAAAUGGGCACUAGGCACAUUAUUGUUUUUCUCCAUUAAAGACCAAAGCCAGGUGACUUAAUCACUGACAUGCACAGUGCCGAGAAACAAAGCGUAGGGGGAAAAGCAGAAGAUCAGAAAGAAAGGGAUAAGCGUAGGUGGAGGCAUGUUGUUGCUUAUCCAUGUCGACCUACCUCUAGUUGUAGCCUGUAGAUAUGUUUCAAAACUAACUGCCAUCAAAGUGAGGAUUUGGACCCUCAAUCUUAAAAUGUUAGUUAUUUAUGAGUAUCACUUCUCUCUGAAUCAUAGUUUAUAAAGGUCACUUCCAAUUCCACACCUUAGCACCAGUGCCAGGGAAUUCUAUCAUUAAUAGACCAUUCAUUGAUUCCCAAAGGGCAGAUAAUGCAUGAUCCCUGGCAUCUUUUGUAACGUUUAUAGCUUUCAAACAAGGUUCCUAGAAACCAGACAGAGAAGUUAGUGUGAUUCCUAUCUAUUAAAGUGCUGCUGAUUGUAUCACCUUGUCAGUAAGAUACAGUAUGACUGCCCACAAUGAUAAACAUUAAAGAGUCAUGGGCAACGUGUUCUUCUCUGACCCCUGUCCCCAUUUUGACAUGCCACAGGGGUCAGUUUCCUUAUUCUUAUGAUAGUUUAAUACAAGAAACAGUGUGUUUGUGUCCCUCUUAUGGUUCCUGUUUUUGUAGCCUUUAGGGAACAAGACAUGGUAAACAAGACCUUAGGACAUGCAGGGUGCUAUUACAUCGGAACAGUUCAUUGGGUUUUGUAAUCAGUUAAAUAUUGGGCAUAAAAAAACAAAAAAGUAUGUUUUUAUUGUCACACACUGGAUAGGUGCAGUGAAAUGUGUUGUUUUACAGGGUCAGCCAUAGUAGUACGGCGCCCCUGGAGAAAAUUAGGGUUAAGUGCCUUGCUCAAGGGCACAUUGACAGAUUUAUGACAUUCUCGGCUUGGGUAUUCAAACCAGCAACCAGUAAUUGACCGUUAAUUAACAUAAACACGUUUGGCAUCUCCUGGCUUCCACGCAUAGCCUACAAGCCACUGAUCUGGAUAAGAGCGUCUGGAUAAGAGCGUCUGCUAAAUGACUAAAAUGUAAAAAAAAUAUGCAGACCUUUGGAACAUCUACAUUUAAAAAAGUCAAAUAAAUGUAAUGUAGCCUACAUCAUCACAAUAAAUCCUUAUUUAUUUUAGACAGGUCUAAAGAAACAUGAUAUGAAGAAAAUGUAGCCUAUUUCAAAAGAACAGAGUAGCAUAUUCUGAGUUGUCCUAAUGUUAGGCCCUGAUCUGGCUAUGCCAUAUGGCUGUGGGCUACACUAGUUAAUUUAGCAGACAGGAUUUUCUUAGAAUUCCGUGCCAUUAUUUUAUAUAAUUUUAUAGUAUGAAGUAUACAAUCGAACAAAGCUGAAUAAAAUAGAAAGGAUAUUUUCCCCAAACGAUUUCCGAGGGAGUGCCCACGUGGCUAUUCUGUGUUGAGCAGUUAACAAAGAAACAUGUCCUCCUAUAUGCUUAAUUUAGAGUUAUUUAUGCAACUUUAGUUGUGAUACAAACGUUAGGCUAUACGUUUUGAUUUUUAAUACAUUCUAAGGCUGAGAGUUAUUUAUGCAACUUUAGUUGUGAUACAAACGACGUUAGGCUAUAGGUUUUGAUUUUUAAUACAUUCUAAGGCUGCGUGAUGCGACUCUAAUGAUGAUUAAAAUUUUUUGCAUGAAAGGCAUGUGCUCUGCUCUGUUUCUUGUGCAGGAUGCACACACUUCAUCAGUCUCUCAUUCACAAUUUGACAAGCACUUGAUAAUAUUCUCACCCAUCAGACUAUUCUUAAUUUCAUCUGGUCUUUACAUAUAGCAUAUGAGUGGAAUUAUUUUGUAUUUAGAAUGGCCCACAAACAGCAAAUGGAGGUUACAUGCGGUUAAGUUUUUAAUAUGCAAGCAUAGGCAGCUAAGCUUUUCGUAAAGUAAAUUGAAUUAAAUUGCCAACAUUAUAUAGCCUAAUUAGCCUACUCCUGUCUAUACAGAAAUAAAUAAAAUAAUUCUAAAUAGGGUACUAAAGCAUGAUUUGGCCACAGAGGAUAAUUCAUUGUGGAUUGUUUUAAAUCGUAUUGCCUACAGUCGGAAGGAAAGAUAGCGCUCACAAUUUGGGCAGAUUAAUGUUGAGUUGCGACUGUCUGUGAAAAGUAGAGGCCAAGCCAGGCAUAUCGCAAUAUUUCAAAAUACAAUCACAGGAAAACAUAGUUUGGAAAGCAAAUGGUUAUUGCUGUAAAGAGAAGACAAUGAAAAGACUAAUCUGUAUUUUAGUUAUCAAAAUUCUUAACUUAAAUGAAUGAACAACAGUAUAGCCUAUCUUAUUGGCACCAGUGGAGAGCAUCGGCAAUAUCCUCACUGUGCAUAUUCACUAUUUAGGCCUACAGUAUCUGCAAAUGUGAGGAUGCAUGGAAUGCUUUAUUAUAAAGGUGCAUUUUUAUGGUGAAAAUUAGCUUCCCCGAACUUGAAACUCACGCGCCGCCUAUGUAUACCAGGUUGUAAAGCGGAUUAAUGUGCUUAAUGUUGUGCAGAUAUGGGAUAUACAUUUGAAAAGAAAUUAUAAAUAUAGUUUAGUUAUUUAUUGUCCUAUCAUGAUGGAACGGUCCCCAACCCUAUACUCUAGACACCCACCUGAGCGACCCAUACAGUAAGGAGAAAGCCUUAUCUGGUUUAUGGUCCCACUGUAAGUAGCCUAUACGCAGCCAAAACAGAAAGAUAAAUGCGGUCAGAGAUCCACUAAAGCAGCACUGCCCCCUCAAGAUUCUGAGCCUGUCUGGCAGGGUUGGUCCUACAAAGCCAAAGCCCCCUGAUGGGUGAGCAUAAUAUACAAGGAAUUUCUCAAAGCUGCUAAUGAGAACCUUGACGACCUUGUACCUAGCUGGUGAGGAUUCCGGUGGGGUGCCCCCACCCAGGUAGUGGCAGUGCUGGCAACACUAGCUGCAGUAACCCAUGGGGGGGGGGGGGUCACACUUGGAUAAUCAGAGAGGGGGCAAAUUACUGUGGCCCUGGUGGCACGGAAUGAUCAAAGGUCUGACUGCACAGAGAUGCUUGGGAAAACAGGGGACCCGCGUGUGUGUGUUUCAGGGGAAGUGGGUGUACCUGAUCUCCAACAGCUAGGACUUGACAUUGGUUAAUCAAAUUUCCCAAUUUCAGCAAAUGUUUUCUAAAUUUUGCAUGCUUUCUCAAACAGCUGCAACUGUAUAUGCAUUCGCACAUCAAGUCCGUUCUUGAGUUGGGUUCGGUGAUGGAACAGCUGUUGAACAUCUGAGCUUGUGGUUGUUUGAGGGGGAAAGUGGUCGAGUGUGCAUAUGUGGGAACUCCUUCAAGACUAUUGGAAAAGCAUUCCAGGUGAAGCUGGUUGAGAGAAUGCCAAGCGUGUGCAAAGCUGUCAUAAAGGCAAAGGGGGGCUAUUUGAAGAAUCUCAAAUAUAAAAUAUAUUUUGAUUUGUUUAACACUUUUUUUGGUUACUACAUGAUUCCAUAUGUGUUAUUUGAUAGUUUUGAUGUCUUCACUAUUAUUCUACAAUGUGUAAAAUAGUCAAAAUAAAGAAAAACCCUUGAAUGAGUAGGUGUGUCCAGACUUUUGACUGGUACUGUAUAUAAAAAUAUAUAUGGGGGAUUGGAAAUGAUGCAGACAAUUACAUUGAUGGAAGCUACAAUCUAUCUGCAAUAUUAAAGCUGAUCUACCACCCCCCCCCCCCCCCCCCAAAUAUUUUUUUUUUUAAAGUAACGUGCUUAAUUUUAAGAAUUGAGUAAUAAAUACAGUGAGGGAAAAAAGUAUUUGAUCCCCUGCUGAUUUGGUACGUUUGCCCACUGACAAAGACAUGAUCAGUCUAUAAUUUUAAUGGUAGGUUUAUUUGAACAGUGAGAGACAGAAUAACAACAACAAAAUCCAGAAAAAUGCAUGUCAAAAAUGUUAUACAUGUAUUUGCAUUUUAAUGAGGGAAAUAAGUAUUUGACCCCUCUGCAAAACAUGACUUAGUACUUGGUGGCAAAACCCUUGUUGGCAAUCACAGAGGACAGACGUUUCUUGUAGUUGGCCACCAGGUUUGAGCACAUCUCAGGAGGGAUUUUGUCCCACUCCUCUUUGCAGAUCUUCUCCAAGUCAUUAAGGUUUCGAGGCUGACGUUUGGCAACUCGAACCUUCAGCUCCCUCCACAGAUUUUCUAUGGGAUUAAGGUCUGGAGACUGGCUAGGCCACUCCAGGACCUUAAUGUGCUUCUUCUUGAGCCACUCCUUUGUUGCCUUGGCCGUGUGUUUUGGGUCAUUGUCAUGCUGGAAUACCCAUCCACGACCCAUUUUCAAUGCCCUGGCUGAGGGAAGGAGGUUCUCACCCAAGAUUUGACGGUACAUGGCCCCGUCCAUCAUCCCUUUGAUGCGGUGAAGUUGUCCUGUCCCCUUAGCAGAAAAACACCCCCAAAGCAUAAUGUUUCCACCUCCAUGUUUGACAGUGGGGAUGGUGUUCUUGGGGUCAUAGGCAGCAUUCAUCCUCCUCCAAACACGGCGAGUUGAGUUGAUGGCAAAGAGCUCGAUUUUGGUCUCAUCUGACCACAACACUUUCACCCAGUUCUCCUCUGAAUCAUUCAGAUGUUCAUUGGCAAACUUCAGACGGGCCUGUGUAUGUGCUUUCUGCAGGAUUUCAGUCCUUCAUGGCGUAGUGUGUUACCAAUUGUUUUCUUGGUGACUAUGGUCCCAGCUGCCUUGAGAUCAUUGACAAGAUCCUCCCGUGUAGUUCUGGGCUGAUUCCUCACCGUUCUCAUGAUCAUUUCAACCCCACGAGGUGAGAUCUUGCAUGGAGCCCCAGGCCGAGGGGCUUUUUUGUGUUUCUUCCAUUUGUGAAUAAUCGCACCAACUGUUGUCACCUUCUCACCAAGCUGUUUGGCGAUGGUCUUGUAGCCCAUUCCAGCCUUGUGUAGGUCUACAAUCUUGUCCCUGACAUCCUUGGAGAGCUCUUUGGUCUUGGCCAUGGUGGAGAGUUUGGAAUCUGAUUGAUUGAUUGCUUCUGUGGACAGGUGUCUUUUAUACAGGUAACAAGCUGAGAUUAGGAGCACUCCCUUUAAGAGUGUGCUCCUAAUCUCAGCUCGUUACCUGUAUAAAAAAGUCACCUGGGAGCCGGAAAUCUUUCUGAUUGAGAGGGGGUCAAAUACUUAUUUCCCUCAUUAAAAUGCAAAUCAAUUUAUAACAUUUUUAACAUGCGUUUUUCUGGAUUUUUUUGUUGUUAUUCUGUCUCUCACUGUUCAAAUAAACCUACCAUUAAAAUUAUAGACUGAUCAUGUCUUUGUCAGUGGGCAAAUGUACAAAUCAGCAGGGGAUCAAAUACUUUUUUUCCCUCACUGUAUAGCAAGCACGAGAAAGCUGGGAUCCUCCUUUUAAAUAGUGGCCAGUAACAAUGCGAUCACCAACAGACUUGUCCCUCACUGUUAGCCCAACAGCUUUAAAUAUGGGGCUCAUAUAUUCUGAGUCACCCACCACAUUUCAUAUACUAAAUAAUAGAUGUGUGAAAUUAGUUUUGAUUAGAAUGAACCAUUAUCAUGCAUGUCGGAAAAGGGGCAGGGGAAAAUAAUACGUCAUCAUAUGCACUUAAAUAGCGAAUGGAGGACGCUUUUACCGCGGUUCAUUUUCAUGCCAGCCAGGUAGGCUAUACUCCUGUUGUAAAGCGAAGCAAUGUGCUUAAUAUUAGUAAAGUUGAGAAGUAAAUAUAGUAGGCCUAGCCUAUAGAAAGCUGAUGGGAUCCUCCUCUUUUUAAUAGAGGCCAUCAAAACUCUGUUUUCUCACACAAUUUCAUAGCCUUAAGAAGUGUUGCGCAAGGGGGCGGCAGGUAGCUUAGUGGUUAAGAGUGUUGUGCCAGUAACCGAAAGGUCGCUGGUUCUAAUCCCCGAGCUGACUAGGUGAAAAAUCUGUCGAUGUGCCCUUGAGCAAGGCACUUAACCCUAAUUGCUCCUGUAAGUCGCUCUGGAUAAGAGCGUCUGCUAACAAUAGAUCGCUGAGUACCAGGCCAUUAGCGACUGGCAGUUAGCAAGUUUGGUAGGCUACUAAUGACCAUAAGCAUCAUCAGAGCGCAUUUUUGGUGAAGCCUAGUUACCGUGACUAAACGAUCACAUGCGGUCAACGUAACAGCCCUAAUCACCACUGACUUCUCCAAGGCCUUUGACAAAAUCGACCACACCAUCGCCGUUGAACACCUAAUCCAACUGGGUGUCAGACCUGCCCUCACAGCAUGGCUCUGCAGUUUUGUGACCGCCCGCAAACAACAGGUACACUACCAAGACAGCCUCUCAGACUGGCGGGAGCUGACGGGAGGUGUGCCUCAAGGAACUUUUCUAGGCCCUCUCAUCUUCCUUGCAGUCAUAGACAGUGCAGCCCGGGAUGUCGACAGUAGGUGGAAAUAUGUUGACGAUCUAAAUCUGGUCAACACGUGUACAACAGGAAACAUCAGCACACCACAGCAGGCCCUGAACAACUUCGACAUGUUUUAUCCUCCAUCGCCUUAAAAAGGUUCCAUGUGCCACAGGAAGACCUGGUGAGCAUUUACACCGGCUACAUAUGCCACACCUUGGAGUAUGCUGCUCCUGCUUGACUCAGCUCACUAACCCAGGUGACCUGGAGAGUGUUCAGAAGAGACCAUGCCACACCAUCCUAGGAGGAUACUCCAGUUAUACUGGGGCACUUCAGACCCUGUCCUUACCCCAGUGUCAUGAAAGACGGACACAACUCUGCACUGACUUUGCUGUCAGCCUCCUAAAAUCUAAAUUAAGAGGCUGGCUACCCACUGACCGAAUCGCAGUGACAGGCAGGAACACCCAGAGUCAAAACAAACAAACUGAAUGGUACAUGAGGUCACCAAUCCCAUAUUUCUGCUUAUUGAUUUAAGGAGUGUUUUUAAAACUGCAGGACAUUAUUGAUGAAUUUUUUUUUACUCGUUUUCUAUUGUUGUUGCUCUUACCCAUUAAUAUUUUGUAUGGAUUUAAAAUCAAAUCAAAUUUUAUUUGUCACAUGUGCCGAAUACAACGUAGACCUUACCGUAAAAUGCUUACUUACAAGCCCUUAACCAUCAAUGCAGUUUUAAGAAAAAUAAGAGUUUUCAGUUUGUAUUGACUGCUAUAUGAGUGUAAUAAGUCAAACUUAUAUAUUUUUUUAAACAACAGACAGUCACUGUUCAUAUUUUCUAUGUGUGUGUGAAUUGACACUUCUUCCCUCCAUCCCCCUACAGAAAGAUGUGAGGGCUGACCCUGAAGCCGUCCAACAGGUGGCCGAGGCUACAGACAACCUCCUGGAGAGCUUGGGCUCGCUGGCCGUUGAGGUAGACAAUCACUGUCAUCACUGCAGUUUAUUACAUGAUGAAAACUAUAAGGUUUUCUGCUGCCUGCCAUGAUAGCCCAGUACAUUUCCUGUUUUUAACCAUGUUUCUUUUUAUGACUGUCUUAACGAACACCCCUACCUAAGAUCAACAGUUUGUUGUUGGCUGGACCACAGACAGAAAAGGCCCUUAGAUGUACACUGAGUGUACAAAACAUUAGGAACACCUGCUUUCUAUGACAGACUGACCAGGUGAAUCCAGGUGAAAGCUAUGAUCCCUUAUUGAUGUCACUUGUUAAAUCCACUUCAAUCAGUGUAGAUCAGGGUUCUUCAAUUCCGGUCCUGGAGGGCCGAAACACUUCUGUUUUUUAUUUCUACCUGGUAGUUAAUUGCACUCACCUGGUGUCCCAGGUCUGAAUUAGCCCCUGAUUAGAAGGAGAGGAUGAAAACAGAGGUGUUUCGGCCCUCCAGGACCGGAAUUGAAGAACCCUGGUUUAGAUGAAGGGGAGGAGACAGGUUAAAGAAGGAUUUUUAAGCCUUGAGACAAUUGAGACAUGGAUUGUGUAUGUGUGCUAUUCAGAGGGUGAAUGGGCAAGACAAAAUAUUUAAGUUCCUUUGAACGGGGUAUGGUAUUAUGUGCCAGGCGCACCGGUUUGUGUCAAGAACUGCAACGCUGCUGGGUUUUUCACACAGUUUCCCGUGUGUAUCAAGAAUGGUCCAUCACCCAAAGGAUAUCCAGCCAACUUGACACAACUGUGGGCCAGCAUCCCUGUGGAACGCUUUCGACAACUUGUAGAGUCCAUGCCCUGACGAAUUGAGGCUGUUCUGAGGGCAAAAGGGGGUGCAACUCAAUAUUAGGAAGGUGUUCCUAAAGUUUUGUACCCUCAGUGUAUAGGAUGAAAACAUCAAUGGAGAACAUAAUUACAAAAUGGCCGCCACAAAUGUCUCCCCCUCACCCCGACCUUUAAUCUGGUCUUAUUUGAAGUUUCACAGCAUACAGGAGGAGAGGUUGGACUUAAACAGCACGUGGCGUUUUGCAGCCACCCUCAACUCGCUGCAGUAUUUGUUUGUUGCCUGAUAACCUCACCCAAUUUGUUUGGAUUGCUAAUACAUGUAGCUAGAAAGUUAAUUGGAGAGGCAGUUGGUCCCUAGAUGUUUGAGCCACAGCUUUUUUUAUUACAUGUUUUUAUUUAACCUUUAUUUAACCAGGUAAGACAGUUGAGAACAAGUUCUCAUUUAAAACUGCGACCUGGCCAAGAUAAAGCAAAGCACUGCGAUAAAAACAACAACACAGAGUUACAUAUGGGGUAAAACAAAACAAAGUCAAAAAUACAACAGAAAAUAUAUAUACAGUGUGUGCAAAUGUAGCAAGUUAUGGAGGUAAGGCAAUAAAUAGGCCAUAGUGCAAAAAAUUACAAUUAGUAUUAACACUGGAAUGAUAGAUGUGCAAGAGAUGAUGCACAAAUAGAGAUACUGGGGUGCAAAUUAGCAAAAUAAAUAACAAUAUGGGGAUGAGGUAGUUGGGUGGGCUAAUUUCAGAUGGGCUGUGUACAGGUGCAGUGAUCGGUAAGGUGCUCUGACAACUGAUGCUUAAAGUUAGUGAAGGAGAUAAGAGUCUCCAGCUUCAGAGAUUUUUGCAGUUCGUUCCAGUCAUUGGCAGCAGAGAACUGGAUGGAAUGGCGGCCAAAGGAGGUGUUGGCUUUGGGGAUGACCAGUGAGAUAUACCUGCUGGAGCGCAUAUGGGUGUUGCUAUGUUGACCAAUGAGCUAAGAUAAGACGGGGAUUUGCCUAGCAGUGAUUUAUAGAUGGCCUGGAGCCAGUGGGUUUGGCGACGAAUAUGUAGUGAGGACCAGCCAACAAGAGUGUACAGGUCACAGUGGUGGGUAGUAUAUGGGGCUUUGGUGACAAAACAGAUGGCACUGUGAUAGACUACAUCAAAUUUGCUGAGUAGAGUGUUGGAGGCUAUUUUGUAAAUGACAUCGCCAAAGUCAAGGAUCGGUAGGAUAGUCAGUUUUACGAGGGCAUGUUUGGCAGCAUGAGUGAAGGAGACUUUGUUGCGAAAUAGGAAGCCGAUUCUAGAUUUAACUUUGGAUUGGAGAUGCUUAAUGUGAGUCUGGAAGGAGAGUUUACAGCUUAAUGUCAAGGAUUACUGUUUGCCAGUGUUCUAAUGUGAUGAUAAUCACAGUUUUCUCCUGUGAAAAGAUAUGAGAACAGAAUAGGAUGGAGGAAUUCACCUCUUUCACCACGGGGGGCCAGUAUGAAAAAAUAUAUAUAUAAUGUACAGUGGGGAAAAAAAGUAUUUAGUCAGCCACCAAUUGUACAAGUUCUCCCACUUAAAAAGAUGAGAGAGGCCUGUAAUUUUCAUCAUAGGUACAUGUCAACUAUGACAGACAAAUUGAGAUUUUUUUUCUCCAGAAAAUCACAUUAUAGGAUUUUUAAUGAAUUUAUUUGCAAAUUAUGGUGGAAAAUAAGUAUUUGGUCACCUACAAACAAGUAAGAUGUCUGGCUCUCACAGACCUGUAACUUCUUCUUUAAGAGGCUCCUCUGUCCUCCACUCGUUACCUGUAUUAAUGGCACCUGUUUGAACUUGUUAUCAGUAUAAAAGACACCUGUCCACAACCUCAAACAGUCACACUCCAAACUCCACUAUGGCCAAGACCAAAGAGCUGUCAAAGGACACCAGAAACAAAAUUGUAGACCUGCACCAGGCUGGGAAGACUGAAUAUGCAAUAGGUAAGCAGCUUGGUUUGAAGAAAUCAACUGUGGGAGCAAUUAUUAGGAAAUGGAAGACAUACAAGACCACUGAUAAUCUCCCUCGAUCUGGGGCUCCACGCAAGAUCUCACCCCGUGGGGUCAAAAUAAUCACAAGAACGGUGAGCAAAAAUCCCAGAACCACACAGGGGGACCUAGUGAAUGACCUGCAGAGAGCUGGGACCAAAGUAACAAAGCCUACCAUCAGUAACACACUACGCCGCCAGGGACUCAAAUCCUGCAGUGCGAGACGUGUCCCCCUGCUUAAGCCAGUACAUGUCCAGGCCCGUCUGAAGUUUGCUAGAGUGCAUUUGGAUGAUCCAGAAGAGGAUUGGGAGAAUGUCAUAUGGUCAGAUGAAACCAAAAUAGAACUUUUUGGUAAAAACUCAACUCGUCGUGUUUGGAGGACAAAGAAUGCUGAGUUGCAUCCAAAGAACACCAUACCUACUGUGAAGCAUGGGGGUGGAAACAUCAUGCUUUGGGGCUGUUUUUCUGCAAAGGGACCAGGACGACUGAUCCGUGUAAAGGAAAGAAUGAAUGGGGCCAUGUAUCGUGAGAUUUUGAGUGAAAACCUCCUUCCAUCAGCAAGGGCAUUGAAGACGAAACGUGGCUGGGUCUUUCAGCAUGACAAUGAUCCCAAACACACCGCCCGGGCAACGAAGGAGUGGCUUCGUAAGAAGAAUUUCAAGGUCCUGGAGUGGCCUAGCCAGUCUCCAGAUCUCAACCCCAUAGAAAAUCUUUGGAGGGAGUUGAAAGUCUGUGUUGCCCAGCGACAGCCCCAAAACAUCACUGCUCUAGAGGAGAUCUGCAUGGAGGAAUGGGCCAAAAUACCAGCAACAGUGUGUGAAAACCUUGUGAAGACUUACAGAAAAUGUUUGACCUGUGUCAUUGCCAACAAAGGGUAUAUAACAAAGUAUUGAGAAACUUUUGUUAUUGACCAAAUACUUAUUUUCCACCAUAAUUUGCAAAUAAAUUCAUUAAAAAUCCUACAAUGUGAUUUUCUGGAAAAAAUAUUCUCAUUUUGUCUGUCAUAGUUGACGUGUACCUAUGAUGAAAAUUACAGGCCUCUCUCAUCUUUUUAAGUGGGAGAACUUGCGCAAUUGGUGGCUGACUAAAUAAAAAAUUUCCCCACUGUAUGCACUAACUGUAAGUCGCUCUGGAUAAGAGCGUCUGCUAAAUGACUAAAAUGUAAAUGUAAAUGUAAGUCAAGUACUGUAGGUCUGACACAUACAGUGCAUUCGGAAAGUAUUCAGACCCCUUGACUUUUUCCACAUUUUGUUACGUUACAGCCUUAUUCUAAAAUUGAUGAAAUUAAUUAUUUUUCUCAUCAAUCUACACACAAUACCCAGUAAUGACAAAGCAAAAACAGGUUUUUAGAAAGAAAUGAAAAAUCAGAAAUACCUUAUUUACAUAAGUAUUCAUACCCUUUGCUAUGAGACUCGAAAUUGAGCUCAGGUGCAUCCUGUUUCCAUUGAUCAUCCUUGAGAUGUUUCUACAACUUGAUUGGAGUCCACCUGUGGUAAAUUCAAUUGAUUGGACAUAAUUUGGAAAGGCACACACCUGUCUAUAUAAGGUCCCACAGUUGACAGUGCAUGUCAGAGCAAAAACCAAGCCAUGAGGUCGAAGGAAUUGUCCGUAGAGCUCCGAGACAGGAUUGUGUCGAGGCACAGAUCUGGGGAAGGGUACCAAAAAAUGUCUGCAGCUUUGAAGGUCUCCAAGAACACAGUGGCAUCCAUCAUUCUUAAAUGGAAGAAGUUUGGAACCACCAAGACUCUUCCUAGAGCUGGCCGCCUGGCCAAACUGAGCAAUCGGGGGAGAAGGGUCUUAGUCAGGGAGGUGACCAAGAACCCAAUGGUCACUCUUGACAGCUCUCCAGAGUUCCUCUGUGGAGAUGGAAGAAUCUUCCAGAAGGACAACCAUCUCUGCAGCACUCCACCAAUCAGGCCUUUAUGGUAGAGUGGCCAGACGGAAGCCACUCUUCAGUGAAAGGCACAUGACAGCCCGCUUGGAGUUUGCCAAAAGGCACCUAAAAACAACAUUCUCUGGUCUGAUGAAACCAAGAUUGAACUCUUAACAAAGUACUGAGUAAAGGGUCUGAAUACCUAUGUAAAUGUGAUAUUUCCGUUUUUUAUUUAUACAUUUGCAAAAAAUUCUAAAAAUGUGUUUUUGCUUUGUCAUUAUGGGGAAUUGUGUGUAGAUUGAUGAGGGGUAAAAAACAACAACAAUUUAAUCAAUUUUAGAAUAAGGCUGUAACGUAACAAAAUGUGAAAAAAAGUCAAGGGGUCUGAAUACUUUCCAAAUGCACUGUAUGUUGAGAAUAUCUCUUAUAUUGAGGAUAUCUCUUAUAUUGAGAAUAUCUCUAUUCUCGUUGUGUUCUUGCUAUUUUCUUGCUUUGUCAGUUAUACUGUCCUCCAUAGCAAUAGAAAAGGACCCUUGUAAGUAACUUGGCAGUAACUGUAUUGGUAUCCAGUGUCUCUGAGCCUAGAUUUCCUCAGGAGAUAGAUGACUAGGAACAGCUGAACAAAGAGAGAAGUCUUUCUAAACAAGUUAGUGGGCUAGUCAGCAUUUACCCAAAGGAAAGUUAACUCGAGCUGAUUGAUUUACACCGAGGAGGCUUUAAGACUGGCUCGAUGGCGGGCCAGACUGUACCCAAGUGUUUUGUCUGUGUUUUCUCAACCCAUCAGUGCUCUGUUGAUUACUUUGCUUACAACAAUAAGGAUAACCCCUAUAAGUAUACAUAGAUUCUUAUGUCCGCAAACACAUGUUGGUAUGUUGCAACUGCAUACCCAUGUCAUAAGCAUUUCACUAUACCCUCGAUAACAUCUGAAAAAUAUGUGUAUGUGACCAAUAAAAUUAGAUUUGAGCUAUGUAGAACUUCUAUGUAGUGUUUAUGAAGGCUCUUAACUACAGUAUACUGUACAGUCUUUAGGAGUUACUAAAACAAGUAGACACACACUUUGUUGUUCUUUGUUGCCUGCUAAGCCCAACAAUGUAUAUGAAGAUGUCAAGAAACUCUGAGUCACUAAAUAUGACUUGGUUUGGCACAUUACCCUGGGGUUAUGUAGGGGUGUGAACCCCCUAGAAACAACUCACGAGGGGUCCAGAGCUGCUGUCCUGUUAUUGUGUGAGAGUUCAGUGUGUACAGCUGUUUCCCCCGUGUCUCUCUCACACACACACACACACACACACACACUCUGUUCCAGGUGCGCCGCCCGGGCUAGAUUGAAACCAUGUGCCUGCUUUCUUGCUGUCGUGGCCAGGCUGAGUCAGGUCCAUCUGUACGGAGAGGAGGGAAGGGGAGGAGAUGGGAGGGCCUGACUGGCACGUAUGUAAACACAUUGUCAUAGGCUCUGGGAGAGGCAACAGUCAGUACCACGUCUCUCCUCCUCCGCCCCAGUGAUGAAUGACCGAGAGUAACCUUUUCCCUCUGGCACAUAUUUUUUUCUCACUCCUGACUUUCUCUGUUUUCCCAGGCUGGGUGAGGAAACCAGCUUUGGCGAGUGAGAAAAAGAAGGAUAGAAAUAGAUAGUGAGAGAGAAGAGGUCAAACAUAGAAUGGCAAAUCUGCCACAAAAGGUGUAGCUUUUCUGUGCAGACAUAACAGCACACAUUUCUUAGUACUGUAUUAUGUGAAUGUUGUAAUAAGGCAUUGUGCAUUACAAGGCAUUAGGACAGUUAGCACACACGCUUUUCAGGCUUCUUGUGAGGUCUGUUGUUGUGUUUUCAAUGCUCCUAGUCUGCGCCGUGUCCAUCCUUUUUUAUAAUCCGGUAUCAAGAUCAAUUAUUGACCAGAAAUGCAAGGCAGCAAAAUCAGGUUGUUGUAAAAAUCCUCUGGUCAGCCAAAGAACCAGGGUAGCCAAAUACCAUAAUAGCAUUAAAAAUAAAUAAUAAUAAUAAUGAACAAUAAUGCAUUAAUACACGAGGUGGUGUGAUUUACUGUGGUUUUAGCAUGGCUGUGCUGAGGUCAUAGCUACAAGACAAAGAUUAAUGUAUCCAUCUAUCCACACACAGAAAGUCUUUACAACACAUUGACAAGUUGCCUUAUAACAAUAUGUAUCCAUUUCACCAUCUCAACAAGCUGGUCUGGAAUCACAAUGAACUGCUCCAAGUCCAGGUCACACUCUCAUUUGCAUCCUACAAGAUGACCCCCUGACCCCAUUUGCUAACAUCACAACCCCUUAUGUCCCAAAUAGCUGGCCAGCAUGAAGAGUUGGAGAGACCUGCGUAACGAGAUCAUCUUCCUCACUGAGAACGCCACAUCCUCCCCCAGCCACAUGUACCAGGCCGUGUCGCGCAUCGUCUGCGGCCACCCCGAGGGUGGCGGACUAAAGAUCAAGUCCCUCAACUGGUACGAGGACAACAACUACAAGGCCCUGUUUGGCAACCACAACACAACCGAUGGGGAGGAGCCCAUCUCUGCCUAUGACAACACAUCCAGUAGGCAACUUCUCCUUCAUGUUAAUGUAUUCCAGUGGUAUUCUUUGCUAGAAAAUCUCCCAUCUGUGAAUACCACUGAUCUAUUCCCUGAUUUCCAAACUGCUUCAAGGAUAGCUGUGACAUCCUUGUCUGGACCUGAUGUCAUUGUUCCUUCUGUGACCCCUCCAGCGCCAUACUGUAACGCUAUGAUGAGGAACAUGGAGUCCAGCCCCAUGUCCAGGAUGAUCUGGCAGGCCCUGAAGCCUCUGCUCAUGGGCAAGAUCCUGUACACCCCUGACACCCCCGCCACACAGAAGAUCAUCCACGAGGUGUGUAUCAGUCAUACUAUACCUCUUAGCUACAGUAUAUUGCUGGUUCCAGUAGUUGUUUUAGCAGAACACUAACUGUCCCACUCUCGCCCUCUCCUCCAGGUGAACAGAACAUUCCAGGAGCUGGGGGUCCUCAGAGAGCUGGGGGGCAUGUGGGAGGAAAUUAAGCCCAAGGUCUGGGACUUCAUGGAGAGCAGCGAACACAUGGACCUAGUAAGGGUAUGUCUGACUAAUCUGUUGUCUCUACUACAGCCAACAUCACAUAUACUGUAUGUUAGCCUUGUGGAGCACCUUUGUAGAAUACCUUAUACAACAUUUUAUUUUCAGUUUUGAAAUGCUUUUGGCUUAUUGAAUGGCAUCAGUAAUAAUAACUCAGAGACAAAACCCAGGACAUGACACAGUAACAUAGCAAAUAGCAAUACAACAAAAUACAUGAUUAAGUAACAUGGUAGGAAGCAGCCCUUUCAGAUGGUCAACACUGGCAUCUUGUGGAGGGAUGCGGGACGGUGCCACAAAGUCCUCAGCCACUCACAGUCACUCUCCUGCUCUUCCCCCCUCUCUCGCAGACCCUACUGAAGAACAAUGGCACUGCCAGCUUCUUCACCUCCCAACUGGCGGGCACAGAGUGGACUGUGGAGGACGUCUCCAACUUCCUGACUAAACAUUCGCAGGACACGCGCCCUCACGGCACCGCCUUCACCUGGAGGGAAGUCUUCAACGAGACGGACCAGGCCAUCAUGAGCAUAUCCCGCUUCAUGGAGGUCUCUCUCUCUCUUUCACUCUCUUUCUCUCUCUCUCUCUCUCUCGCUCGCUCACUCUCACGCACACACACGCAGUCACUUGGCCACUUUCUUAGCCUCCGUUCAAUUUAGUUUCUUUUCUGGUGAAAUCCCCAUUCAGCACCUUCUGCAAUACAUGCCAAUUACAUAAUUGCGGGCGGUAAAACAAAAAGUGAAACACAUCAAGGUGCUUUGGGUCUGAGGGUUUUCAUUCCAGUCAUUGCCCUCUCUUUGUGGAAAUAGUAGUCAGAAAAACACAGCUGGACCAAGUUAGCCAUGAACCUGAUGAACAUUCCAUUUAAAGCCUCCCCAUCCCCCCCUUCCAGCAUGUGAAUGGAUCUGCUAGUCCUGGCCAAGACCAAAUGAGGAUAGGCCUUUAACAAAUGUGUUUGUUUGUUUACAGUGUGUAAACCUGGAUAAGAUGGAGCCCGUGGCCAAUGAGGAAAGGAUGGUCAACAAAUCCAUGGCGCUCCUGGACGAUAGGAAGUUCUGGGCGGGGAUUGUGUUUCCCGACAUUGAGGCCAACAGCUCUGAACUGCCAGCCAACGUCAACUACAAAAUCCGCAUGGACAUCGAUAAUGUGGAGCGCACCAACAAGAUCAAAGAUGGGUAUGUUGAUUCAAGCGCCCCAAUCUACCUACUAGAUGUAUUGGACAGUGUUUUAUGUCUGUGCCAUUGUGGUCAUUUUGAACAUUAACUUUAUUUUUUUUUGGCAGAGGAUCACUUUCAGCUUUUUUCUGUUUUGUUGGUAAAAUUAGAAUUUGAUGUGAACCUUGCUCCUUGGGAGGGAGUGAAUUUGUAAGAGGUUUACAGAAGGGGGGUUUAAGAAUUGAUUUUGCUCUCUCCUAACAGAUAUUGGGACCCCGGUCCUCGUGCCGACCCCUUUGAGGACCUGCGCUACAUCUGGGGCGGCUUCUCUUACCUCCAGGACAUCAUCGAGCACAGCAUCAUCACAGUAGUGACUGGCGUUAAGGAGAAGACGGGAGUCUACAUCCAACAGAUGCCCUACCCCUGCUACGUGGAUGACAUGUGAGUCACACCGAGCAGGAUUUGAGGCAGCUUACGACAGGCUAACUGCAAGGCUUCAAAAUGGCAUCUAUUUCCUCCUUUGACCUAUGACGUCUGUCCUCCAGCUUCCUGCGGGUGAUGAGUCGCUCCAUGCCCCUCUUCAUGACCCUGGCCUGGAUGUACUCUGUGGCCAUCAUCAUCAAGAGCGUGGUGUACGAGAAGGAGGCGAGGCUGAAGGAGACCAUGAGGAUCAUGGGAUUGGACAACGGCAUCUUGUGGUUCAGCUGGUUCAUCAGCAGCCUCAUCCCCCUGCUCAUUUCUGCCGGCCUGCUGGUGGUGCUGCUCAAGGUACUGCACUGCAUACCAGGAUUUAGGAUGACAAUGAUCCUUUUUUGCAUCACAAUAUUUCAGUGAUAUCAGUAUUGCAAUAUUUCAGUGAUAUCGGUAUGGUGACAUUAACUUGUAUUCAUAUUUGAUGUUGAUGUGAGACCGGUUUUUAAUUGACUUCCUCCCUAUUUACCAAUGAGCAUCCUCCCUCUCUCUCCUCUAAUCAGAUGGGGAACCUGCUGCCCUACAGUGACCCCGGCGUCAUCUUCCUGUUCCUGGGUUCCUUCGCUGUGGUAACCAUCAUGCAGUGCUUCCUCAUCAGCACAAUGUUUGCCCGUGCCAACCUGGCGGCGGCAUGUGGUGGCAUCAUCUACUUCACCCUCUACCUGCCCUAUGUCCUCUGUGUGGCCUGGCAGGACUACGUGGGCUUUGGGGCCAAAAUUGUCGCUGUGAGUCAUGCUUUUAUAUGUACUAGAGAUUUUGAGUUGAUGUUGGUUGUCCACGUGUGACGUUUUAUAAGAGGAGCCACUUUCAUUAAAUUAUUAAGUAUAGUGCCACUACAAAAAGGGCAGCUUUUUCAUUUAAAUGUGUUUGUAAUGUAACUGUCUCUUUUGACACAUCAUUGUUUUUUUUGCUGCUGGUUACCUCUUCGGGCUCAGCAUCUUAUUGGCAUUGGUGUUGUAUAUGAUACACUAUAUAUACACAAAAGUAUGUGGACACCCCUUCAAAUUAGUGGAUUCGGCUAUUUCAGCCACACCCGUUGCUGACAGGUGUAUAAAAUCGAGCACACAGCCAUGCAAUCUCAAUAGACAAACAUUGUCAGUAGAAUGGCUUUACUGAAGAGCUCAGUGACUUUCAACGUGGCACCGUCAUAGGAUGCCACCUUUCUAACAAGUCAGUUUGUCACAUUUCUGCCCUGCUAGAGCUGCUCCGAUCAACUGUAAGUGCUGUUAUUGUGAAGUGGAAACGUCUAGGAGCAACAACGGCUCAGCCGUGAAGUGGUAGGCCACACAAGCUCACAGAACGGGACCGCCGAGUGCUUAAGGGCGUAACGCGUAAAAAUCGCCUUUACUCUGUUGUAACACUCACCACGAGUUCCAAACUGCCUCUGGAAGCAACAGGACAAUAACUGUUCACCGAGAGCUUCAUAAAAUGGGUUUCCAUGGCCGAGCAGGCGCACACAAGCCUAAGAUCACCAUGUGCAAUGCCAAGCGUCGGCUGGAGUGGUGUAAAGCUCACCGCCAUUUGACUCUGGAGCAGUGGAAACACGUUCUCUGGAGUGAUGAAUCACGCUUCACCAUCUGGCAGUCCGAUGGCCGAAUCUGGGUUUGGUGGAUGCCAGGAGAACGCUACCUGCCCGAAUGUACAGUGCAAACUGUAAUGUUUGGUGGAGGAGGAAUAAUGGUCUGGGGCUUUUUUUCAUGGUUCAGGCCCCUUAGUUCCAGUGAACGGAAAUCUUAACGCUACAGCAUACAAUGACAUUCUAGGUUAUUCUAUGCUUCCAACUUUGUGGCAACAGUUUGGGGAAGGCCCUUUCUUGUUUCAGCAUGACAAUGCCCCUGUGCACAAAGCGAGGUCCAUACAGAAAUGUUUUGUCGAGAUUGGUGUGGAAGAACUUGACUGGCCUGCACAGAGCCCUGACCUCAUUCCCAUUGAACACCUUUGGGAUGAAUUGGAACGACGACUGCGAGCCAGGCCUAAUCGCCCAACAUCAGUGCCAGACCUCACUAAUGCCCUUUUGGCUGAAUGGAAGCAAGCAUGUUCCAACAUCUAGUGGAAAGCCUUCCCAGAAGAGUGUAGGCUGUUAUAGCAGCAAAGGGGGGACCAACACCAUAUUAAUGCCCAUGAUUUUGAAAUGAGAUGUUUGACGAGAAGAUGUCCACAUACUUUUGGUCAUGUAGUGUAUUAACCUCUCUCCUUCUCUACAGAGCCUGCUGUCCCCAGUGGCCUUUGGCUUUGGCUGUGAGUACUUUGCCCUGUUCGAAGAGCAGGGCAUCGGCAUCCAGUGGAACAACCUGUUCAACAGCCCCAUGGAGGAGGAUGACUUCAGCCUGACCACCGCCAUCAUCAUGAUGUACUUCGACUCCUUCCUCUACAUGGUGAUGACCUGGUACAUCGAGUCCGUCUUCCCUGGUAGGUGUCCUUGAGCUGAACUGUUCCACUAUAAUGGAUCUGUUUGGGUCCCAUUUUGAUAGGCUUGUUGAGGCUUCUUGCAUUGUAUUGUAUUGUUUUGAUGUUUGCAUUGUCUAGAUGUAUGUGUUUGUUGUGGUCUCCUUCAGGUCAGUAUGGUAUUCCCAGGCCCUGGUACUUCCUGUUCUCCAAGUCCUACUGGUUUGGAGAAGGAGACAACAGGAAGACUGACUUCAGUCAGAACAAGAGAAGGAACUGUGAAGGUAAGACCCUGAUUUAAUGCCGAUGCAGAGCAACUGAUUAUCCACAUGGUGGCAAUAUAGAUUAGCCCAAAAGUGUGUUGCCAGAAUGGUAGUGUGUUGCCAGAAUGAGCGAAUGGAUUUGAGUAGUUGUAUGUGUAUUAAAGUAAAGGGAAAUGGGAUGGUCAUUGUACCCCAUUUGAUGGACUGUGUCUUCAGCUGUCUGUAUAGAGGAAGAACCAGCCCACCUGAAACCUGGCGUCUUCAUAGAGAACCUAGUCAAGGUGUACCGGCACGGGAAGAAGCUGGCUGUGGACGGGCUGACUCUGGGCUUCUACGAGGGACAGAUCACCUCUUUCUUGGGCCACAACGGAGCAGGGAAAACCACCACCAUGUAAGUGCAAUAACACACAAGUAGUGCCAUCGGUGAACAAUAGCCCAUUCAAAUUGAGUUGAAUGUUAAAUUAAAAUAAUUUAAAAGGAUUUAAUCUAAUAUUUGCGUUUUUGUAUUUCUCAGGUCGAUUCUAACGGGACUGUUUCCCCCUACCUCUGGCACUGCUUACAUCCUGGGCAAAGACAUCCGAUCAGAGCUGAGUGCUAUUCGACAGAGUCUGGGCGUUUGUCCACAGCACAACGUUCUCUUCAGCAUGUAAGUGUUCCCAGUCCAUCAUAUUAACAACCAGUUUUAACAUAAAGUUAAUUCUAAUGACCCAAAGCAGGUUUCUUAUGAGCAGUUGUUGAAUGGAGUCUAACGUGGUUGUUUUGGGGUUUGACCAGGCUGACCGUCGAGGAGCACAUCUGGUUCUACGCUCGUCUGAAGGGUCUAUCUGAGGAACAGGUGAAGUCUGAGAUCGAACAGAUCCUGAUAGACACUGGCCUGCUGCACAAACGCACUUCCAGGACCAGCACACUGUCCGGAGGGAUGCAGAGGAAGCUCUCUGUGGCUCUGGCCUUUGUCGGAGGGUCAAAGGUUGUGAUUCUGGAUGAGCCCACUGCCGGGGUCGACCCCUAUGCCCGCAGGGGCAUCUGGGACCUUUUGCUCCAAUACCGUCAAGGUAACCACUAUCUCCUUACCUCUUUUUAGCAGCUAUGUUUAAGAAACUACUGGGGGGAGUCCUGUGUGAUAACUGUUUUCCCUCCCCCUAUCCAGGUCGUACCAUCAUCCUCUCCACCCACCACAUGGACGAGGCGGACAUCUUGGGCGACCGCAUCGCCAUCAUCUCCCACGGCAAGCUGUGCUGCGUGGGCUCCUCCCUCUUCCUGAAGAACCAGCUGGGUACAGGCUACUACCUCACCCUGGUCAAGAAGUGCCCAGAACCUUUCCUCAGCUCCUGCCGCAACUCCUCCAGCACAGUCUCCUUCACCAAGAAGGAGGAGGAUUGUCCCUCUGAGAGCAGCUCCGACGCAGGCCUUGGCAGCGAACACGAGAGUGAAGUAGCUACCAUAGAAACUGCUCAGGCAGCUUCCAACUGCGAAAGUGCCUUCGUGCCCCCCGAUGUCUCCCUGAUCUCCAGCCUGAUCUUCAAGCACGUCCCGGCCGCCCGCAUGGUGGAAAACCUUGGCCACGAGCUCAUCUAUGUCCUGCCCUACGGCGCCGCCAAGGACGGAGCCUUCGUAGAGCUCUUCAAGGACAUGGACAGUCGCCUCCCUGACCUGGGCAUAUCCAGCUAUGGUGUCUCCGACACCACCCUGGAAGAGGUACAACUAGAAUAGAUUAUUAAAUGGAUAAUGUCCAGAUGCUCAAAGUGCUUUACAUUGCAUUGGGGAAUAGUGUUUGAUUUCUGUCUUUUCUAUCUCCUUGUAGAUUUUCCUGAAAGUGGCAGAGGACAACGGAGUUGACACUGAAGUUCCCUCAGGUAAGAACCCUUUAGAAAUCACCUGUGGGUGUGACUCGGAUGAUCAAUUUUUGAAUGGCUCUAGAAAACGUUAGCAUCUGUUAAUUUAUGUUAUUUUGUAUGUGUUUUUGCCUAGACGGUACCCUCCCUGUGCGCAGACGUCGUAGAAAUCAUGCCUUUGGUGGAGGAAAUGCCUUCGGUGGAGACCACCAGAGCUGCCUUAGACCCCAGAUUGACGACGACAACAAUGAACAUAACGACUCAGACGCAGACCCAGAAUCCAGAGAGACAGACUUAUUGAGCGGCUCAGAUGGUAAAGGCUCCUACCAGGUGAAGGGCUGGGGUUUGAAGAGGCAGCAAUUUGUGGCCUUGAUUUGGAAGAGGUUUCUGUACGCUCAACGCUCCAGAAAAGGUUUCUUUGCUCAGAUUGUACUCCCUGCCGUGUUUGUGUGCAUUGCCCUGGUCUUCAGUCUCAUCGUCCCACCAUUUGGAAAAUACCCCAGUCUGGAGCUGCAGCCAUGGAUGUAUGAAGAACAGUCCCUCUUCAUCAGUGAUGACGCCCCUGAAGAUGCUAGCACACAACAGUUAUUGAGUGCCCUCACCGAAGGACCUGGGUUUGGAACGCGCUGCAUGGAAGGACAGCCCAUACCGUGAGUCUCAAUAUGCCAGGGUUUAACAAAAUAGCUAUUUCCAUUUGUACCAUUUCUCCUGUCUUUGAGGAAAUAAAUAUAUGACAGAUAGGUUUACGAUGUGGCACAUAUUUUCAAUGUUCUUUAGGAGAUAAUGACUCUCAAUCUCUCCCUCCCUCCUCCUUCUCUCUCAGUGACACUCCCUGUACGAUGGGUGACGAGGACUGGUCCAUACCGGAGGUCCCGGAGACCAUUCUGGAACUGUUCCGCACAGGUAACUGGACCAUGGAGGAGCCGUCCCCCGCAUGCGCCUGCAGCUGUGAAGGCCGCAAGAAAAUGCUCCCUGAGUGUCCUGCUGGAGCCGGAGGACUGCCACCCUCCCAGAUGAAGAUCAGCGAGACAGACACCCUGCAAAACCUGACCGGCAGAAACAUCUCUGACUACCUGGUGAAGACCUAUGCAGAGAUCAUUGGGAAAAGGUAUAACUUUCAUAUAUAUAUUGCAUAUAUUUUAUAACAGUGUUAUGAUAUAGUAUGUACAAUAAUUGAGUUAUACAAGUGUUUUUGUAUACCUGUCCAGCCCAAAUUGACAUUCAAUAAUUAUAUUUCUUUUUUUAUUUUCACAGUUUGAAGAACAAGAUCUGGGUAAAUGAAUUUAGGUAUGGUGGCUUCUCAUUGGGUGCCAGGAGCACCCACGUCCUCCCCCCAGCUGAUGAAAUUGACGACGCCAUCGCUCGAGUGAGGAAGAUUUUCAAAUUGGAGAAGGUGAGACUUCUAUUCAUUCAUUCCCACAUUCACUAUACCUCGGUUUCUGCCACGAACACAACAUCACUGCCACCAAUCUAAACCAUUGUUAUUCUUUAUCUUCAGGGUGCAGCCGCAGACCGAUUCCUGGAGAGCUUGUCUAGCUUCAUCAAUGGUCUGGACACCAAGAACAAUGUCAAGAUUUGGUUCAACAACAAGGGGUGGCACAGCAUGGGAGCCUUCCUCAACGUGAUGAACAACGGCAUCCUGCGCGCCAACCUGCCCCCUGGCAAGGACCCCAGCAAGUUUGGCAUCCGCGCCUUCAACCACCCGCUCAACCUCACCAAGGAGCAGCUGUCCCAGGUGGCACUGUAAGUACCCACGCCACAGGCAUCUUGGAACAAUGACAUCAUUAAAGUAAUUUACCUAGUAAAUGUAAAUUACCUAGUACAGCGUUUCCCAAACUCGGUCCUGGGGACCCCAAGCUUGAUGAUUAGUUGAUUAUUUGAAUCAGCUGUGUAAUGAUAGGGCAAAAACCAAAACGUGCACCCCUUGGGGUCUCGAGGACCGAGUUUGGGAAACCCUGACCUAGUAGAAUGUAUAGUUUGUAAAGUGUGCCUAGCACAGUAUACUCUCCAUUCUGUGUCCAUUCCACCCAACUCACUGACCACCUAACCCCCCCUCUCUGUAGGAUGACCACCUCAGUGGACGUCCUGGUGUCCAUCUGCGUGAUCUUCGCCAUGUCCUUCGUCCCAGCCAGCUUCGUAGUCUUCCUCAUCCAGGAGAGAGUGAGCAAGGCCAAGCACAUGCAGUUCAUCAGCGGCGUGCAGCCCCUGCUCUACUGGACUGCCAACUUCAUCUGGGACAUGGUGAGAACUCCUAGCGACCAUUUUGAGUUUUCUUCUGAGCAUUUAGCAACAGUUUUCUACUAGUUUAAAGUGCUACAUGAACAGAAUUAGUUUGAUUGAUUGACUGCUAACUUUGUACUCUUUUUUGUCUUGCAGUGUAACUACAUCGUCCCGGCGACACUCGUCAUCAUCAUCUUCGUCUGCUUCCAACAAAAGGCCUACGUGUCGUCCACCAACCUGCCAGUGCUGGCCCUGCUGUUGCUUCUCUAUGGGUGGUCUAUCACUCCCCUGAUGUACCCGGCGUCCUUCUUCUUUAAGAUCCCCAGCACAGCCUACGUGGUGCUCACCUCCGUCAACAUCCUCAUCGGCAUCAACGGCAGCAUCUCCACCUUUGUCAUGGAGCUCUUCGGAGACAACGUAAGUGACACCAGACAUUGGCUGCAUAACGUGGUGUGCUCAUCCUUGCUUAAGGAAGCCAUUUAGUUUUUUAGACAACAGAGAAUUAACAAGGUAAUUUGUUAAGGUUCCACUUAUCUGGUGACAUUAAGGGUUAAAUAUUCAUCAUAUUCCCUCUUCAGGAGAUUGGGGGUAUCAACAACAUCCUGAAGAACGUUUUGCUGAUCUUCCCUCACUUCUGUCUUGGCCGAGGCCUCAUCGACAUGGUGAAGAACCAGGCCAUGGCCGAUGCUCUGGAGAGAUUUGGUAAGAACUGCAUUUCCCAUGAGCCAUUUUUCUAUGUAAUUCAGCGUAGAGGUGUCUCUUGAACUUUUCUCUAAACCCACUCCUCCUGCUGUUCACAGGUGAGAACCGCUUCCGAUCCCCUCUGGAGUGGGACAUGGUGGGCAAGAACCUAUUUGCCAUGGCCGUGGAAGGAGUGGUCUUCUUCAUCAUCACCGUCCUUUUCCAGUACCGCUUCUGCAUCAAGCCCAUUAACCUGCACACCAAGCUCCCUCCGGUGGGCGAGGAGGACGAGGACGUGGCCAGAGAGAGGCAGAGGAUCGUCAACGGACUGGGACAAGGAGACAUCCUGGAGCUCCGACAGCUCACCAAGGUCUACAAGAGGAAGCAGAAGCCGGCUGUAGACCGUCUGUGUGUGGGCAUCCCUCCUGGAGAGGUAAGAUUAGAUUAUUUAAAACAAGUAAAUACAUGAUGCAAUGACAUGCAAUCUCUUUCAAUCUCCUUCGGUAUAUUUGAAAUACGGAUAUUUCCUCUGUUUCCUUUCUCUUUCUCUCAGUGCUUUGGCCUCCUGGGUGUGAACGGAGCUGGAAAGACCACCACCUUCAAAAUGCUGACAGGAGACUCCAUAGUCACCAGUGGAGAAGCAUUCCUGGCUGGAAAAAGGUAAGGCAGCCAUUUUGUGCCAGAGAGCUCAUACUAGGUAUUACAGUGGAGAGCUUCAGUAGUCUAAAUGUGAGACGGACUUAUUUUGCUUUGGUAGUAUACUGCGGGAGAUAGACGAAGUGCACCAGAACAUGGGCUACUGCCCCCAGUUUGACGCCAUCAACGAACUGCUGACAGGCAGAGAGCACCUGGAGUUCUACGCCAUCUUGCGUGGCGUGCCCGAGAAGGAAGUGUGCGAGGUUGCUGAAUGGGGCAUCCGUAAACUGGGCCUAGUAAAGUAUGUGGACAAGGCAGCAGGAAGCUACAGUGGAGGAAACAUGAGGAAACUCUCCACGGCCAUGGCCCUGAUAGGAGGACCACCUGUUGUGUUCCUGGUACGUACUAUGUCUCAACACACACACACACACACACACACACACACACACACACACACACACACACAGACCUACAUAAAUUGUAAACACACCAACACAAGGGGAUCAGACCGAUUGCAUCAGCUUGGAGGUGACAUAUCAACAAAGCAACCUCCUCUUAAUCAGAUAACUGGUGUUUAAUUGUUCUCCCGGUGGGGAUUGCAGCAACGGUUGUGUAAUGAGGGUUAGAUUAAAACUCUCCCACUGGCACGCCACAGUGCUCUCAAAGGAUUCCUGGAAAAUCAUAGGCUUAUGUUUUGCUCCUAUUGGGCUGGAGAGAGGGGCUGGCCACAUUAACUGUGAGCUGGAUAAAGGGAGAGAGAGACAGAAACCGAGCGAGAGACAUUGCAAGAGACAGAGCAAGAGACAUGGUGAGAGGGAAAGAGAAAAGAGAGAAACAAAGUCAGAGAGAAAGCAAGUUCUUAGCAGUCGCCUGUUUAUAAUAGCAUAAUGCAACACUAGAAGAGCCAUAAUGCCUUGCUCCCCCUGCUGCUGGUCUUCUCUGUGGGUUUCCUGCUCAACCUAUGGGCCAACCUUAACCUGGCUGUGCUCUUUGUGACAGGACGAGCCCACUACUGGGAUGGACCCCAAAGCACGCAGGGCCUUAUGGAACUGCAUCCACAGCGUCAUCAAGGAGGGACGCUCCGUGGUGCUCACCUCGCACAGGUAACCAGAAACACCUUUACACCUCAGCCAUGCUAGGCUAAGAGCUAACUGCUAUACAUUGAAAUGCAUGAUCUUGUUGUUUUUGUUGAUUGGUUGGCAACAUGGCUUAUGUUCGGUAUAGGCUGCGGUUAGGCAAACAUCAUUAGCACAAAUGUAGCCUAUUGGCUUGUACUAGGUAGUUUACAUGGUUCAAAGUAUUGCUUACCCACUUACUGUGCAUGAUGACAAUAAUAGCUUUUGGAGUGUUAACUUUACUUUGACAAGUUAUUAGCUUAGCAGCUUAGUUGACAUAGUCUAACCUUUGCAGGGAUGAGUUUUCUAGUUCAGCAAUUCCUUUACACUGUAUCUAAUGUCUGUAUCUACCAUUUUGUGUCUUCAGUAUGGAGGAAUGUGAGGCCCUGUGCACCAGAAUGGCCAUCAUGGUCAACGGCAGAUUCCGCUGCUUGGGGAGCGUUCAGCACCUAAAGAACAGGUAAUAUGACAAGUCCUUUCACUGAUGCAUAUGAAACAAGCCAAUACCUACAAAGUUUGCUCUGUGGCUUUCAAUACAGUAAGUUGCACAAAUUAUUAUUGAUAUAUUUAUUGAUAUAUUUUUGAUUGUGCAUUUUAGUGUAUUUUUACCCCCUAAUUCAUCAUGUUUUCAUUUUUUUGUGUAAAUCUAGAUUUAUUUGUUUAUAAUUCUUAACAAUACUUUUUUGUAUGGUUUUGUUUUGUAAUCAUUUGAAAGGUGCCUUACAAGCCUCAGUUUUUUUUCUCUCCUGAACUCUUUUUGUUUGCCUUUUAAACUCUCAAAAGUAUAAAAUAAAAAAUUAUUUGUUCACUUUAUUUUUUUCUCUCCAUCUUUUCACCUUUCCCCCGUCUCUCCAGGUUCGGAGACGGGUACACCAUCAUCCUGCGUGUGGCGGGGGCGGACCCUGACCUUCCGCCAGUGAUUAAGUUCAUUGAGAGCGAGCUGCCGGGCAGCACCCUGAAGGAGAAGCACAGGAACAUGCUGCAGUACCAGCUGCCCUCCUCUCUCACCUCCCUGGCACACAUCUUCAGGAUCCUGGCCAAGAACAAGGACCUGCUCCGGAUAGAGGACUACUCUGUGUCGCAGACCACACUGGACCAGGUAAGACGCCAUCCGUCACUGGCUAAAGGCUUUGUGGUCAAAACUUGUUUUCGUUGAAGUGUGAUUACUUGUGGAUUACAGCACCAUGCAUUUUUAUCUUUCUGCUUGUUCUUUUAUUAGUAGACUGGACAUAGCAUCAUGUACUGUGAUAAUAGCUUACACUCUCUCUUCUCUACCAGGUGUUUGUGAACUUUGCCAAGGACCAGAGUGACGAUUACCACUCAAAAGACAAUUCAGUUAAGCGCAAAGAGGCAGUGGUGGACAUUACCCCGCUCAGCUCGCGGCAGGCUGAAGAGAAGCUAGUCGAGGAGAGGCUAAAGGAGAGCUUGGUG